AUGGAUGAGUUUGAUGAGCCGGUGGCACACCUGGAGCAGCCGCUGACAGACGAUGUCAAGAGCAGCGAGCCCGUUUUUUGGGGAAAGAAAUGGCAUGAAGGUGGCUUCGAAAAGAACGUUAUUCAUUUUGAUAAGACGGCAAAGGUCAUGAGAGACAUUUUUGAUGCCACCCAGGGCUUCCAGAAGGAGUUGGGUUCUCGCUACACAUUUCUGGACAUUGCCUGUGCUCCAGGUGGCUUCUCACGAUUUCUUUGUAGUGAUUCCCGCUGUCAAAAAGGCUGGGGGAUCAGUUUGCCAGUUACUGAAGGUGGCUUCAGACUGUUGUUCACAUGGACUCACGCAGACGAACGGAAGUUUCAAGUGAAGUUCAGAGAUAUGUUGACACUCGAGCCAGAGGAUUGCUGCGAGCAUCAGGUUGAUUUGGUGAUUUCUGAUGCCCAAUAUCUACCUUUGAGGAAAGCCGAUCAACCGGGACCGGAUCCAGCCUUGGCAAAGUCUCAAAGCGUGAAUCCUGCUUUAGGUAUUUGGGCCUUACUUUUCCAGCAGCUUCGGCUUGGCCUUUGCAAUUUGAGAAAUGGUGGAGUGAUGAUGUUUCGGUUGAACUGCAAAGAUGGAAAUGUCGACUGGUAUUUUGACUCUGUUUGUCAAGUCUUGGCGAUGGUCGACCGCGUCUUCGAGUCGAUGGUGCUUUUCAAGUCGGGCAAGUCUCAUCAAAGCGAUGGAACUGCCUACAUCAUUUGUCGAGGUUUUUGCCGGUGUGAAUUUGAAGCCAUGCAAGGGUCUGAGAUCCUGCGGAAAUCAAUCAUGGUCUCCAGAUACGAGCUUGAGGUGGCUGCACUGGGGACUUCGCCAAUGUUUCGUCGGAUCACAGCAAGUAGAGAAGUGCGCGCAAGAACCCGGGAGCUUUUCUCCUUGGUGGAUGAUGCCAUUGCCAGAUACAAAGACCAAGCAAGCUUCAGCUAUGCCUCCACUGUCAAGGAAUGGCGCUGUGCAAGAUCAGUUCCAUCACUUCGACGCAAAGUUCGGAGCACCAUGGGGUCGGUGAUGCCCAUGGUCGCCAGCAGGCUUGCAGUGAAGCAACUAGAGGAUGCAGCUCAAGAUAUGGAGGACUUGAGCAAAACCUUUGGCGAUGAAGCCUCCUUGAGAUGCCAAGAAGCCAUGAAGAAGCUGAAGGCUAGAGCCAAAGAAAUUCAAAAUGUCAUCCAAGCAGCGCAGCAGACAUCCACCGAAGAGAUCGAAGCAGAGACUUUUGAAGCAAGUGUUUUUGACGAUGGAUGGGCACGCACCACUGAACCUGAACCUGCCUCAAGUGAAUACUUGCAUGUAACUGGCCUUCUUCAAGGAAUUGAGGAGACAACACUUCAAAGGUGCUUCAGCCGAGCUGGCAAAGUGGCUGAGAUCCGUUUCCUCCCACAGGACCAAGCCAUGGGAUCAAGAUGUGCUGCCUUAGUGAAGAUGUCAAGCCUUGAAGAUAGCAAAGCCGCCCGUGAGAAGCUGGACGGAGUCAUUCCAGAAGGGACAGGCUUUGAAAUGGAGCGUAACCUCAUGAUCACCUUCCAGGUGAAGAAUGGUGUUCAAGUUUGUGAUCACCUUUUCGUGCGGGGCAUCCCAUCAGCUGUUCAGAAACAUCAGAUUGCCUCCUUAUUCAACCGUUUUGGCCAAGUUCUUUGGAGCACCAUUUUACCACCCCGCAUCGGCGAAGAUGAUCGCUGUGCUUUGGUUCAGAUGGCCAGCAGCGACGAGGCCCAGAACGCCAUCCAGGCAUUGAACUGGACCAGCUCAUCAGCCUUGAUGCCAGCGAUGAUGGUUCGAUAUGCUGGUCCAAAGGUCUUUGUGGCUCUUCAGCGCACUGAGGGAAUCCAUGAGGAAGGUGAAGAAGGAUCCGAAGAGGAUGAGGAUUUUGCUCACUAUGGAGUGAUUGAAGAAGCGCCAAAGCCUGCGUUCCAACCUUUGAAGGAAAGACCCCAUGAUUUGGGAUCCAGAUGGAAGAAAGCAGAAGAGGAGGAGUGGGAUGGACCGGAGGGUACAAGGCUUUGGGGUUGGGCGAUGCAGCCUGUGAAAGAGCAGGAAGAGUUCCCAGAGCUCCCCAGCGAGACCCAGGUCCAUGCUGAAGACUUGACUGAGUCACGGGAAGUGGAAUCUUGGGAAGAACUUGGCGAGACUGAGCCCUGCGAGGUCCUUUGCAUGAGGAAUCCGCCUUCUGGUCUGCCUGAUUCAGUCAUGCAGAUGUGGUUCAAACCCUAUGGACACGUGGUGGACAUGCGACCGAUGGAUAUGGAAGCUGAUGAUGACUCCUUGGCAUUCAUCGUGCAGAUGUCAUGCAAAGAAGAGGCUAUCAACGCCUUUGACGCACUCAACGGAAAGUCCAUCAUGCGAGGUCGGCCACUGAACCUCAGCUAUUGGCACGGCGCAGCAGAGAAGACUGGAGCUUUGGACCGUGGACGGCUGUUAGCAGCAGCACGGCAGCUAGCAUUCCAGAAGAAGGAGGCUUUUGUAGCUGCAGAAAGUGAGGCAGUGAAGGAGGAAUUAGAGGCAAACAUCUCACACGUUCUUUGCUUGAGAGACCCUCCCGACUUUCCAGAAUCGGUCAUGAGAGUUUGGUUUGCACCCUACGGGCAGAUGGUGGAAAUGAGACGACUGGAAGACGCGGACACUUCUAGAGCCUUUUUGGUGAAAAUGUCCAAUGAAGAUGAGGCCGCUGCAGCAUUCCACGCUCUUAACAGCAAGUGCAUCACAGGGAAGAAACUUGAUAUCAGCUACUGGCAUGGCGAGGGAAGGGGCGAUCCUGUACAUCAGAGGCCUCCGGAAGUAAUGCCGGAGAAGGCGAACGGUCACGUCCCUGGUCCUGGCGUUGGAAUUGAUAACCAACAGUUGCUGGAGGCUUGUAAGGUUGCUUUACAGGCAAGAUCUCGAAGGCUACAAUCUGGAGAUGACCAAGUUGCUCCCAAAGGUGAUGUUGAGUCCUGGGAGGACUUGGAUGAGGAAGACGUCGAUGAUGGGCCAACUGAUUCUCUUUGUGUGAGUGGAGUUCCGCCCGGGAUCCAGGAGAUGGUGAUGCAGUUCUGGUUCAAGCCCUACGGGCGAGUUCAAGAACUGCGACCUUUGUCUUCCGCCGAAGUGAGUGAUGGAAAGCCUGCCUUCUUGGUAAGAAUGGGCGAUGUGAAGGAGGCCACUGCCGCAAUGUCCAAAUUGGAUGGCAAGCCAAUAAUGAAAGGCUCACCUCUCGUCGUUCGGUACUGGCACGGCAGGUAA